AUGUCGCACGGUACUGUGAAGAGUGUGAAGAAGAAUGGUUCUCAGGUCGACGAGAGUUCCAGGGAGGGUUCAGAGAGCCUGCCUCCCCCCCCAGACGGAGGUUGGGGUUGGAUGGUCGUCUUCGCUUCCUUUAUGAUUCAUAUUGUCACCGAUGGUAUGACGUAUUCGUUCGGCGUGUUCUACGCUGAGUUUCUCACCUACUUCAACGAGGGACAGAGUAAAACGGCGUGGAUCGUCUCCAUCCUAGUGGGAGUCACUCUCAGUUCAGGUCCUAUAUCUAGUUCGUUUGUGAACCGCUGGGGUUGUCGAACUGUUACUGUGGCCGGUGCAUUACUAUCCUCCGUCUGUGUGGUCGCAUCGGCUUUCGCCAAAAAUGUGACAACCCUUAUAUUUACGAUCGGCGUAGGCGCUGGAGUAGGAUUCGGCCUUAUCUAUCUACCUGCCAUUGUCAGCGUCACCGUAUGGUUUAAAAAAUAUAGAAGUCUCGCUACAGGGAUCGCCGUGUGUGGUUCAGGACUAGGAACAUUUCUUUUCGCCCCCAUAACUGACGCUUUAAUAUCAAAUUAUGGAUGGCGUGGAGCAAUGGCGCUCAUUGGAGCCUUCAUACUUAACUGUGUUCCCUUGGGGCUCAUGUUCAGAGCGGUUCCUGAGAGACCGAUCACUCCAAUCACGGAGCCAAUGUUACCGAAGCAAAACAAAUCACCUUUGAAAAGAUCACAAAGCUCGGAACAGGUUGUUCGGGCGAACGGAAAAUUUGAAGAUGAUGUCGCUAGAUUAACACUUUCCCAACCGGCACUAAAUAAGCCACACGAACAACAAAAACCUCAAUCGCGGCAAGGAAGUGGAAUAAUGCAAAGGCCUGAUGUUUUAUAUCAAGGCAGUAUGACGAGUCUCGCUAGAUUCAGAGGAGUAUCUCCAGAAAGAGUACAGCUUUCAUUUAAAAGAGAAGAACGUGAACAAAGAUGUGGCUGGCUGCCGUGCUCAGAAGAAUCGAAAGCUGCUCUAGCAGAAAUGCUCGACAUAUCUUUGUUGGUUGAUCCUGUAUUUAUAUUAUUCGCUUUAUCAAACUUUUUAACAAGUAUAGGGUUCUACAUACCAUAUGUUUACACGGUACCAAUGAGUGCCGCCUUGGGAAUCGAAAAUUCAGCUUACCUGAUAUCUAUAAUUGGAGCAUCAAACUUAGUAGGAAGAAUCAUUCUUGGAUAUAUAAGCGACAAGCCGUGGGUCAACCGAUUAUUAGCUUACAAUGUGUGCCUUACGAUUGCUGGAAUAAGUACUGCAAUGGCGAUGGCUUGCUGGGAGUUCUGGGGACUGGCUCUUUACGCGACCAUGUUUGGCUUCACUAUCGGUGCUUAUGUGGGUCUCACCUCCGUAGUACUUGUCGAUCUUCUUGGUAUAGAGAAAUUGACAAAUGCUUUUGGGCUUCUGCUACUCUUCCAAGGAAUCGCAUCACUUAUUGGACCACCGUUUGCUGGUUGGUUAUUCGACUCUCUGAAUUCCUACGCACCAGCCUUCUUCGUCGCUGGAGGAACGAUAUCACUCAGCGGUCUGAUUCUAUUCUUCAUUCCGAUGUUGGAGAGACGAAGACGAGAUGCGACGAUAGAACAGAUUUAG